AUGCUUUCUACAUGGUUUUUGUCGAAGAUUCAGGAUGACUUUAGAGGCGGAAAAAUUAACUUAGAAAAAACUCAUAAACUGCUUGAAAAAUUAGAUAUCCAAUGCAAUUAUGUUCAUGUGAAACACAUUUUUCAGGAUAAUGACAGACUGAAGCAAGGAAGGAUCACCAUAGAAGAAUUUAGAGCAAUUUAUCGGACUAUUGCGCACAGAGAAGAAAUUCUUGAGAUUUUCAAUACAUAUUCUGAAAACCGAAAGAUUCUCUUUGAAAAUAAUCUGGUUCAGUUUCUGGUACAAGAACAAUAUGUCUUUGAUAUGAGUAAAUCUAUUGCCUAUGAGAUCAUUGAAAAAUAUGAGCCCAUUGAAGAAGUUAAACAAGUACACCAGAUGUCAUUUGAAGGUUUUACAAGAUACAUGGGUUCUUCUGAUUGUCUACUAUUUAAGCCAGAGUGUAGAAAAGUUUAUCAAGAUAUGACUCAACCAUUAAGUGAUUAUUUUAUUUCAACUUCACAUAAUACAUAUUUGGUAUCUGACCAACUAGUGGGACCAAGUGACCUUUGGGGAUAUGUAAGUGCCCUUGUAAAAGGAUGCCGCUGUCUGGAAAUUGACUGCUGGGACGGAUCGCAAGAUGAGCCUGUCGUGUACCACGGUUAUACACUCACCAGCAAGCUGCUUUUUAAAACUGUUAUCCAGUCAAUACAGAAAUAUGCAUUUGUGACAUCCGAAUACCCAGUGGUGCUCUCCUUAGAGAAUCACUGCUCCCCUCACCAGCAAGAAGUGAUGGCAGACAUCCUGCAGAACACUCUGGGAGACUCCCUGCUGUCUGAUAUACUGGAUGAUUUUCCAGAUAGACUGCCUUCUCCAGAGGCACUGAAAUUCAAAAUAUUAGUGAAAAACAAGAAAAUAGGAACGUUACAGGAAACCCGUGAAAGGAAAGGUACUGACAAACGUGGUAAGGAAAAGGACUCAGAGGGGAAAGUGUUACUUGGAGUAACUCUUUUCAAGAAAAGAAAGACCAGGAAGAUAAAAAUAGCUCUGGCCUUAUCUGAUCUUGUCAUUUAUACUAAGUCUGAGAAGUUCAGAAACUUUCAACAUUCAAAGCUGUAUCAACAGUUUAAUGAAAACAAUUCUAUUGGGGAGACUCGUGCUCGAAAACUCUCUAAAUUGAAAGUCAGUGAGUUUAUUUAUCAUACCAGGAAGUUCAUUACCAGAAUAUAUCCCAAAGCAAUGAGAGCGGACUCUUCUAAUUUUAAUCCUCAAGAAUUUUGGAAUGUAGGUUGUCAAAUGGUGGCCUUGAAUUUUCAGACUCCUGGUUUACCUAUGGACCUGCAAAAUGGGAGGUUUUCGGAUAAUGGUUGUUCUGGAUAUGUUCUGAAACCCCAGUUCCUGAGAGAUAUUAACUCACAGUUUAACCCCCAUAAAAUAAGUGAAUCUGCUCCAAUUACUCUUACAAUAAGGAUCAUCAGUGGGAUCCAGUUGCCUCUGAGCAGCUCCUCCACUAACAAGGCUGAUGCCCUGGUGAUUCUAGAAGUGUUUGGUGUUCCAAACGAUCAGGUGAAACAGCAGACUCGUGUCAUUAAAAAAAAUGCUUUCAGUCCAAGAUGGAAUGAAACAUUCACAUUCAUUAUCCAAGUGCCAGAACUGGCCAUGGUACGUUUUGUUGUUGAAAGUCAAGGUUUAAUAUCAGCAAAUGAAUUUCUCGGGCAGUAUACCAUACCAGUGCAUUGCAUGAACAAAGGUUACCGUCGGGUUCCUUUGUUUUCCAAGAUGGGUGAGAGUCUUGAGCCUGCUUCACUGUUUGUGUAUGUUUGGUAUGUCAGAUAGCAAGUGACAAUAUCUGGUACAUUGUCGGUGAUGCAUCACAAUAAAACAGUGACAAUGAA